CUCGCUGCGACAGGACAUGAGCGAUCGAAAGCAUGACAUGUCAUUAGAAUCAUUAUUAGCAUUACUCAAGCAACGCAACGAUAAUCCGCGGGAUAUCGAACUGGAAACUCGCUUUUACAACGAUGUAUUGGUUUUCCUACUGUCUGAUGCAAUCGAUCACUGGUGGUGCUCGGAAUCCGUCUUACCCAUUGCCAAAGAAUCUUUGUGGUUUUUUUCCUUGCCAGAUGUCGAACAUAUUGUCCAAUACAAGCAAAAACUCGAUAAUAUACUGAAGAAAUGUCUUCACUGCUCUCGGUUAUAUCAUACGUCCAAGUCAUCUCUAAGAGAAAGAUAUGCCGAUGUUUUCACCAAGGAGAACGUUGAUAAUUUUUUUACAUCACUAAGUCAAUUCGACGAGCAACGCAUUCUGUCCAGUCUUCAGCAAAGCAUUCGACCCUCACCCUUUGUGCUGACAGACACUACUUUGUGUGCAAUAUCCGAAAUUAUUCUUGCCCCAUGUCAUCUUGCCAAUCCUCACUGCGAUCAAUUACUUUGCGACGUAUUUGUCAAGAUUCAACAUACUGGAAUGUUUCCGACUUUCACCACCGAUCAUGUUACCGGCAUCAUCCUUAUGGCCAUCCAUCAUCAUAAGAUUGUUCGCUUUUGGGCGAGAAAGCUCCUGGAUAAAUUUUUGGCAGAUGGCUAUUCCUUGAAUCAGGAUGAUUAUUCUGAUGUCAAACCAUUCGUGCGAAAUUUGAUCCUGCAAUUCUCACCGGACGCCCCAGCAUGUAUUGAAACCGACCCAUUCCCUUUCGAAAAGGCGACAAAAGAACCCACCGAAUUGUGGAAAGCGUUACGAGCAAUUAUCAGCAUUAUACCAGCAAAUCUACUUUCAAAUAUCCUCGACGAUUCUAAUAUCUCCAUGCUACCAUUGCUCCGUCACCAGUUAUCACGCUGCACAAAUAGUCUGCCGGAAAUACUAAAAACAAUGGCGAUCCUACUGGUCAAGCUCGGACCAGCAAUGUGGGGCCAGAUCGAAGGUGACAACAAACCAUACUACGACAUUGUGAAGUCAAUUUGCGAUCAUGUCGAAUUCCACGAGGCCAUGAAAAUAGCCCAAAAAGGAAAUAGCGGAAAGAUCUUGCAACGAGAUGGAAACCCGUAUCCUGAGGAUAAACUGGUGAUCAAAAUGAAAUCAGUGUUGGAAUGGAUACAUCCAUUCUGGGCCACGUUGCGGAUGUCGUCUGUAAGAGAGGAAAUAACUAACAAGAUAUUGGAUUUGGUGCUUGGGUAUUUCCAAGAAGAUAUUUGGGCCACGAUGUGCAAGGCAUACUGCGCAGAUAUUGGAUUCCGUAUAAUCGAACAGAGCGUCUUGGAGGACAACAUCCCUGCGACCAAAAUCAACGAGUAUGCAAGCGUUAUGAUCACCUUUGCCGAUUUUCGUAGCGAUCAGUUACCGCCAUCACUUUAUGAUGUCCCAGCAACAGCGUCAAACGUCAUUCGCAGCUUGCUCGAAACCGAUUCUCGUCACCUUGGUGAUGUCUUUACGCUAAUGUCAGAUCAAGACGGUCAAAAGGAACUCAAAUACGUCAAACUAUGGCAAACGCUCAGAUCAUCAAGCCAAUCGUGGAUUACUCAUCGCUCCGUCAGUUUCCUCGAGCCUGUACUUAUCGCCUAUGCGAACAUCAUGAGCUUGGAUAUACCUACCAUGGAGACAGGCCAACAUCCGCUUUUGUCGUCGACGCACGGAAAAUCAGUGUUUGAUUGUAUUGCUGUCAUUCACUCGUUGGUCGAGAAAUGCUUGCGUUCAGCUGUUGCCGCCGGUUACGAGGCAUGCAAAUCGGUCGUUCUGAAACCCGAAAUGUUGCGUCCCUGGUUAUAUGUGCUGUGUGCACCUCAUCAAGACAUUCGUGGCCUGGCGAUGCAAGUCAUUGUACCUUCGACUACUGCCGGUGGUCCCUCAGCAUUCGAACAGUUUUUCAACCGGGAUCCCCCCAAGUCGUUGGAAACAUAUUGCACUCUACUGGAAGAGUUCAACAGUACUUCCUUGGGAACAUUGAAUGCUUUCAGCAUGGUCAACAGUAUCAAUCAGUCUCUGUCACAAAUCUUGCAAGCAUUGAUUGGAAGCGAAGAGGGUUAUCUACUGCGCAAAAUAGUUAAUGGAGAAGGGUAUGUCAAAGAUGAACAUUUGCCUAUGAUGGCAUUUUGGGAAAACAGCUGGCAGACCAUCAGCUUACUGUUGGCCAGCGGGCUCACCUGGGCAGAAAGUUACAAACCAAAGGCGGUUGUGGACGUCAUUCUCGUGGUAUUGGACAUCGCUUAUCGUUUGACCGCUUCACGUCAGCUGUUUCAGAAGGCUAUUCAAAUCAGCGAAAACGAUCAAGAUAUGGAUUCAUCCGAUUUGGCACUCGGCUACGAUUACAUGAACGCAAGUGUGGAUUCACUUUCUCAUUGGAUUUACGUCACUCGGCAGGAAGUGCUGCAACGAUUGCUCCCUUUGCUCAGUGCCAUCUUGAAACAGUUACGUCAAGCGCACUUGAAGAUUUCCAUUGAAGCAUAUGAUCGUCUGAUGACGGCUGCAACAGGGGUCAACGCCAGCCGAUUAACAGCGGAGGAGAAGGAACACUUGUUCAUGGAACUGAGCGCCCACGAACCGAUGAAUACGAUCUUUAUUGACGACAGUGAUGAUGAAAAUAUCGAGUGGCAAACCUUGGACAUGUCUCCCAGACCGAUACCUUCCUAUUCAGCCCCCACUGUCGCAAGCACCUCCUCGUCGUCCAAAGCUAGGCAAAUAACGUUGGAUGAAGCAUAUGCUACUUCGUCUGCUAUGUCCAGCCACACGCGUCAACCGGCUAGUCCACAAAGAGCGACUUCGAAAGCCAAAAUCACCUCUUAUUUCAACACCACCCCCACUACGACACAAACUGCGGAAUUAUCUGCAACAACGGAAGAUGAUGACAAUAUCCCGGAUGAAUUUUCUGACGUUGACUUUUCUCAGUUACCCGAAGAAUGGUUCCAAGAUGUCGAUGAACCCAAACGCGUGGUGAGGGAAUCAAAAGGCUUUGGAGUGUCACCGCGACCAGCAUCUACGGUAUCCGCUUCUCCCAGUCGUCAGGCACCACCCAAGCCGUCCAAUGCAAACAACGUGCCGCCGCCUGUCUCCUCUUAUGUACCGAAACCAAAAAUCACCGUGCAGCGCGUAUUCCCCAAAACUCAACAGCAAACAUAUGCCGUGACAUCCACUGGUCGUAAAUUGAAGCCGCCACCUAUGGGAUUUUCAAAGAUGAAGGCCCUGAGAGAUGAAUUUCGUGCGGAACGAAAAUUAAGUGCCACCGUUCGAUCGCCAUCCGCAGCUGCCUCUUUACGUCGACAGAGAGGAAACGACUCGCAAAGUUCAGAUUCGGAUUCAAGCUCCUCAGACGAUGAAAACGAUGCCUCAGGUCUUUUGAGUCUUGUACAAGAUGUGGAUCAAGCCAAGAACAAAUCCGUGGAAGCCGAAUCGUCCAGUAUGAAGGCGCUCUUUGAGCAAAAGCCGAAACGAACCACGAAGCUGAUUGAUUCUCCCAUGACAACGGUUUAUUUGCAAAAACGAAUGAAGAUCAAGGAAGCAGAACAGCGACGACGCAAGAUCACUCCUGAUAUCGAUCGCAUGUACAAGACCCUUCUUUCCUGGGACAUCACUGACGAAGGUGACAUGCCUCCAAAUGUCCAGGAAAGUAUGUAUACCCAUGUCAAAGACCGCUAUACAUCGUUUCGUGAUUAUGUCACGGUUUUCGAACCGUUAUUGCUGCUGGAAGCGUGGAUGCAGAUUGUGCGAGCCAAAGAAGCACUGACGGAUUCGGACGUGAUUGAUCGAGUUCUUCUAGAGAGUCGAUGCCAUGUGAACGACUUUGUGGAUGUCACUUUUGCCGUACAACCCGGUGUCUCAUCAUCAAUGAUGCCCGACGAUCUCAUGUGCAUAGCUAACCAUUUUGGACCGGAAUUCUUUGGCGCCAAGGGAACAGCUUCGGCGGUGGAACGCACAUCGGGUUGGAAAGGGCGUGCAUUCCUCGGAAAAGUAACCAAUGUGGUACAAAAGAAGAAUAUGGCCAUGGUGACCCUUCGAUGCUACUUUACGCCCGAUCGGAUCACCUUGUUAAAUUCACUAUCACCAAAAACAACGUGGCGCGCUUUGCGAUUAAUGAGUUUGACCACCGCUCAGCGUGAAUAUUCUGCUUUGCAAGGCUUGGAGUAUUACGAUUUAGCCCAGCAUAUUCUGAACCCUAAACCGACAGUGAAGCCGUCUGCGAAUGCACGCAUUAUUCAGGAGUAUAUCCGUCGAUUUGGCGUAAACGAACCACAAGCGGAAGCCAUAGCAGGUGCCAUUAAUCGAAAGAAAGGCUUUACAUUGAUUCAAGGUCCUCCAGGAACGGGUAAAACAAAGACGAUUCUAGGAUUAAUUGCCUGUCUAUUGGACGAACAGUCGAGUCGACAGUUCACUUAUGGCAACGAUACCAACGCCAAGCGAGGAAAGUUACUUGUGUGUGCUCCCAGUAAUGCCGCCGUUGAUGAAAUUGCCAAACGUCUCAAAGACGGAAUUGCUACGGCGGAUGGUCUGAGAAAAAUGAACGUUGUCCGUGUCGGUGUGAUUGACUCGGUGAACGCAAGCGUCAAGGAUUUGGUCCUGGAACGUCUCAUUGAAAAAGAACUCGAACCGUCGAUGAAUGAAGAGCAUUCUGGAAAGAAAUGGGCUUUACGAAGGGAUCGAAUCAAUGAAGAUCUACGCAAAGUGCAGUUGGACCUUGAAGAAGUGGAACGUGAAAUCGCCGAGGCGCAAAGCGAUGUGGUCAUGCUGGCGGCUUUACGGGACAAGCGAAAGGGUCUCUUUGCAAAGAAGGAUAGAUGUCGCAUCAUGUUGAAGAGCGUGUACGACGACCAGAGAGACUAUAGCCGGGAGCAAGAUAUCUCUCGUAUUCGAGCAAGACAAAAGAUCCUUGGCAAUGCAGAUGUUGUAUGUGCCACUCUCAGCGGUAGUGGCCACGAAAUGCUUACCAGCUUGGGGCUAAAUUUUGAGACCGUGGUGGUCGAUGAAGCGGCCCAAUCCAUCGAGAUCAGCUCCUUGAUCCCACUCAAAUAUGACUGUCAGCGGUGUGUACUCGUAGGAGAUCCCAAUCAGCUGCCGCCGACGGUUCUUUCGAUUAUGGCGGCCAAAUAUAGCUAUGAACAAAGUUUGUUCAUGCGUCUUCAGAAGAAUUGUCCUGAUGAUGUAUACUUGUUGAGCAUUCAAUACCGUAUGCAUCCUCAGAUCAGUGCUUUUCCAAGCAAAUUAUUCUACGACUCUCGUUUACUGGAUGGGCCGGAUAUGGCAACCAUUUCUUCUGCUGUAUGGCAUUCCAAAGGAGAUUUUCCUCCCUAUUGUUUCUACAACAUAGUGGAAGGCCACGAAAAGAGUGGCUAUGGAAAAUCGAUGUACAAUGUGGAAGAAGCGGAAGCCGCGGUUGCCCUGGUGGACAUGUUGGCUUCACAGUUGCCGGGCGUUAAGUUUGCCUAUCGCAUCGGCGUGAUUACGCCUUAUAAGCAACAGCUGAGUCAGCUCAAGUCACGAUUCGAACGACGAUUUGGCUCCAAGAUUCUUGAUGUGGUUGAUUUUAACACGGUAGAUGGCUUCCAAGGCCAAGAAAAAGAUAUCAUCAUCUUUUCGUGUGUGCGUGCCGGUGCAGAUCGUGGCAUCGGUUUCUUGGCUGAUAUACGUCGAAUGAACGUUGGUCUUACUCGUGCAAGGAAAUCUUUAUUUGUCCUUGGUCAUGCCGGAUCCCUCUAUCGAAGCCAAUACUGGGGUGAUCUCGUUAGAGAUGCUACGCAACGCAAUCUGCUAAUUGAUUGCAAGCACCCAUACUUUGAUCACAAAAUGGUCCGCAAUCACGUUCCAUCCAAUCUUUUUGCAAAAGAAACCGUCGUUAUCCCACGCAAAGUCAUUGGAGACCAUAAACGGAAACAUGCAAUCGAGUUGCCAAAAACCUCUGAAUCUCCACCUGAAACAGCAAAUGAUGAAUCAAAGCCUUCCGAAGCUACUGACAAGGAACCUGAUGUGAAGAGGGUCAAAAUAGAAUCCGAUAAGCCAUCGGACCAAAUCACAGAAACCAAGUUGGCCGUAGGAGAGACAUCCGAAGCUAGACCUGAUCGUUCUCCAGAUGCGAAGCGAACUUUGGAAAUCAGCGUCGAGCCUACCGAUAAAGAGUGGAGAUCCAAAACAUCUGAAAGCCAUAAGCGCACGAGAGAAACUAGUCAUGAGAGUUCCCCGAAUGGUCACGGCCCCCCACCGGAGAAAAAACUCACUCUAGCAGAAUAUCGGGCUUCGCGUGGUUUACCACCGUUGGACGCGAGAGGCAAUAAGGGUUCACCUCCGAUACCAAGACGAUCGAAUGGCGCAAGCCUAUUUAUACCAAAGAAACCAGCACGUCCUACUCAUCGUGCCCCUGAAUCAUCCGAUCGCUACGAAGGUUUAAGCGCGCGAGAACGAGUUACUCUUGAGGUAAAACGAGAAUAGCCAUCUAAUGUUGGUCUCGGUACUUAUUUUAGCGUGCACAGCAUGAAUCUGCACGUCAAGCUUUUCGACAAAUGAGGCGAGAUGAAUAUAAUGCCCAGCAUCGGCCAACACCGUCGGAACCAUCUCUUCGAUCAGUGGACGAUCUGCUAGGCGAUAUUCGUGGGGAGGGUCCGCACCAAUUUUACGUAUAUACCUCCAAUAAUCACAGUACAGUAUAGAUUGCAUUGUAAGUACAUACAGCAUUGUUGAAAGAUAUCGCUAUUAUAAACGAACAUGACUUGUGCUGUCUGUCUUGAAGCGAAUGUGGUGAAUGAUGAAAAAGAG